UGAACAUCUCCGAUAACUUGUUGGAUGUGCCGCGGACAAUGGACAACGUUAGGGUGGUGCAUAAGUACAUCAGCAAUAUGAAGUUGUAAAAGGACAUUGUUGUAAAACAAAAAUUAGACUAUUUGAAAUUAAACUACAACCAAUCAUUCAACUAGAGCCUUUUUAACCAAUAGUACAAACUCAAACAUCCAACAUCAAUCAACGUUUUCCAACGAAUCCGACGUUCUCUAGAUAUUAAGGCGUCGUCGUCCAGAAACUAUUUUGUUAUUAACAAACCAGCGACAAAACAACUGAUUAUUAAACGCAAUCUAAAACUUAGUCAACAACUGAACAACAAAAUGAUCUUCCCACCAGUGUAUAGUCUAUUAGUCUGAAAUGUCAGUGCGACUAAAAUGAUCUAAUCAAAUCGUAUUAUCACAUUAAACAAUAAUCAACCAUGGAAAACACCGUUUCCAAAGCUCCAACCAAAGACGACGAUUGCAAAAAGAAAACGGACAACUUGUUAAACCGACUGGAAAUUUCGGUUUCGGAGUCCGAAAAACGUGCAAAUGGAUCGUUAAAUUUACGCGAUUUUUACACCGUGUAUUUGAUAGAGACCAAAGUAACAGACCCAGAUUUUAAUGGGAAGUUAUCAAAACUCAGCACAAUAUGGAGGAGGUACACAGAGUUCGAGCAAUUGAGGGACUAUUUGGAGUACACCUAUCCAUACAUUGUUUUGCCACCCCUUCCUGAGAAAAGGGUUAUGUUCGGAUGGCAGAAAAUAUCCAGUGAUACUUUUGAUCCUAAUUUUGUGGACCGUAGGAGAGCUGGUUUGGAAAAUUUUCUCUUGAGGAUUGCUAGUCAUGAAAUUCUUGGUUGGGACCAACAUUUUCUGGAAUUCUUACAGAAUGAGGAUGGAUGGAGGGAUACUUACAAAAUUAAUGGAUACUUGCAACUGGUGGAAAAUAAGCUGAAAACUUUGAGCGUAUCCGUGCGGCUAAAACGGCCGGACCCCCGUUUCGAAUCGAUCAAAGAUUACAGUUACAGCCUCCAAAACAACCUCAACAAUUUACUAAGAGCUAGAUCACGUGUUGCCGAAAAACAGUACACCGUCCACAAGCUCCACGCAAAUUACGGACGAGUGUUCAGCGAGUGGAGCGUAAUUGAAAAAGAUAUGGGCGAUGCCCUCCAAAAAACCGGUCAUUACCUCGAUUCGCUCGCCUCCAGCAUCGAUUCCGGUCUGGAGGACGAGGAACUGCUGGCAGACCAGCUGAAGGAAUAUUUAUUCUUCAUGUAUUCCCUCCAGAAUGUUUGCAAGAACCAGGAGACCAUGCAGCUGCAGCUUGAGGACUCCGAGGAGAAUGUUGCCAAUAAGAAUAUUGAGAGGACCAGGGUGCAACAGGGAAAAAUGGGUUUAAUGUCGAGGCUCUUCGGAGCGGUGGACACGGAGGAAGUCCGUGAACUCAAAGUUAACGUUUUGGAUCAACAAAUUCAAGACGGAGCUAUUGCUGUCAAUGCUAACAAGGAGACACUAAGUGACUUUUCAACGAAGGCCUUAACAGAUAUAGAGCGGUUUGAGAAGCAAAAGGUGUUAGAUUUAAAAGACACACUCGCCAGUUAUGCUUUUCUUCAAUUGAAAACUGCCAAAAAAGGUUUGCAAACAUGGACCCAAAUAAGAGAUUGUUUACAAAACAUACCUUAAUUUCAUCCCAAAGUACUUAUAUUCGAAUACUAAAAACAGAAUUUUUUCAGUUCUGUUCUAAAGAUAUUAAUGUCUAAACUGUGUUAUUUUCAUAUUUAUUUAUUUAAACUCAUAUGUAUAUGGAAUCUAUUAAAAAUGUAUAUAUUUCUCACUAAA